UCUCUCGUUCUCUCUGUUCCUUACUUCCUCCUCUCUUGCAGGCCAUAAUAAAGUUUGCCUCAAUCACAAAACUCACAGUCCCUACUUCUUUCUUCUUCAAAAACCUCACGAGCAAUCCUGUUUGAUCUCUCAACCAUACGCAAAAAUGCUAGAUCCAGCUACUGAAUUGAUGCCUGCACCAUCUUCACCGACCAUCUCGUCCGUUUCCUCCUCCGAUCUUGACACUGAGUCCACGGGGUCAUUUUUCCAUGAUAGAAGCACUACUUUGGGUACUUUGAUGGGAGUGAGCUUCCCGGCCAUCACAUUCAGAGCCCCAUCUCAGCACCGAGACCCGCAUUCCGCCACCGCUGGAUCCGCCGCACCGUUAGGCGGCUCCAGGAGAGGCAUCAAGCCUAAUAAGAAAAACAUGAGAGCAAAGGCGGUGGACGCGGCGGCUGUCGUAGCAGAAAGGCGAAGGAGAUGGUGGAGCCUGUGCAGGGACGGCGACGCGAGGCCGGCAGCUUCGCUCGGCGACUUUCUUGAGGUGGAACGGAGAUUCGGAGACGGCGAGUUUUACGGUACGGCGGCCGAGCUCGAAGGAAUGGUCAUGGGUCAGCAGAGGAAUAGUGGUCGAGUGUUAUUCGCGAACGGUAGAGUUCUCCCACCGGCCACCGACGUCGACGACGGAGCUUCCACGGCAGGAAGUCUUUGCAAUAGAUUCCCGGUUUCACUCACCGGGAUCUGUAGCGGCGGGGCAUAAUGGAUAGGAAGGAUAAAGCUCCGAGUUUUGAAUUUUCAAUCAAUUAAAAAA